ACUAUUGGGACAAGAAACAUACUUGGGUGUUCUCAAAAAAGUUUAACUUUGCGGACAAACGGAACGUGUCCGUUGUGAAAGUAGUUCCGGCUUGGCGGGGUCAUGGCCUCUGACGUCGGCGUCCGGGCGCUCAAUUCAGUUUGGCGAUUCCGGACCCGACUGAGGCUGGGGAGGCAUGUGGGCGCGAACGAACCUAGCGACGGAGGAGUUUUACGCUCGCCUCCUGCAGAAAUUUAAUGAAGAAAAGAAGGGAGUCUGUAAAGACCCAUUUAUCUAUGAGGCUGAUGUUCAAGUGCAAUUGAUCAGCAAGGGUCAGCCAAACCCUAUUAAAAAUAUUUUAAGUGAAAAUGACUUUGUAUUCAUCAUGGAAAAAGUGCCUUUAGAAAAGGAAGAAACAAGUCAUGUUGAAGAACUGCAAUCUGAAGAAACUGCUAUUUCUGAUUUCUCUGCCGGUGAAAAUGUUGGGCCACUUGCUUUACCACUUGGGAAAGCGAGGCAGUUCAUUGGGCUCUACACCAUGGCUCACAAUCCUAACAUGACCCAUUUGAAGAUUGAGCGGCCAGUUACUGCCCUCCCUCCCCUUUGGGUCAGAUGCGACAGCUCGGAUCCCGAAGACACCUGUUGGCUAGGAGCUGAGCUUGUCAUUGCUGGUGACAGCAUUACAGGAAUUGUCUUAUAUGCCGUCAGUUGUAAAGCUGAUAAAAAUUAUUUUCCAAGUCUGGAAAACCUAAAAAAUUCACACAAGAAAAGACAUCACUUGUCUGCAGUAAUGGCCAAAGGCUUUGCACAGUAUGAGCUCUUUAAGUCCAGUGUCUUAGAUGACUAUGUCACCCCAUCACACACGACCAUCACUCUGGAUAUUUCCUGGAGCCCUGUGGAUGAGAUGCUUCAAGUCCCUCCACUCUCUUCAACUGCCAUUCUGAAUAUCAAAGUGGAAUCAGGAGAGCCCAGAGGUUGCCUGGAUCAUCUUCACAGAGAACUGAAAUUUCUCCUUGUUUUGGCUGAUGGCUUGAGGACUGGAGUGACUGAAUGGCUCGAGCCUCUGGAAGCAAAAUCUGCCCUUGAACUUGUGCAAGAAUUUCUAAAUGAAUUAAAUAAGCUGGAUGGAUUUGGUGAUUCUACAAAAAAAGACCCAGAGACAGUGAACCACGAUGCUGCUGCAGUUGAUAGGUCUGUUCUUAUCAUGGUGCGGGGUGAUCUUGAUUUUGCUGAACAACUUUGGUGCAAAAUGAGCAGCAGUGUGGUUUCCUAUCAAGAUUUGGUGAAGUGCUUCACACUGAUCAUGCAGAGCCUCCAGAGAGGUGACAUCCAGCCGUGGGAAUACUUCGUUUCUCCAUCAGUAGAGAUACAAGAACAGGUUCAUCGUGUUCAGAAACUCCACCACAUCCUAGAGAUCUUAGUCAGUUGCAUGCUUUUCAUUAAGCCUCAGCACGAGUUCCUGUUUUCUUUAACACAAUCCUGCAUAAAAUAUUAUAAACAAAAUCCCCUUGAUGAGCAACACAUUUUUCAGCUACCAGUCAGACCAGCUUCUGUAAAAAACUUGUACCAGAGUGAGAAGCCACAAAAAUGGAAGGUAGAAAUAAACGGUGGUCAAAAGAAGGUUAAGACAGUUUGGCAGCUGAGUGACAGCUUACCUGUGGACCACCUGCGUCAUCACAAACCUGAUUUUUCUGAUUUAACACUAAAUGGGAGCCUGGAAGAAAGGAUGUCCUUUACCACCAUGGUCACCUGCAGCCAGGUGCAUUUCAAGUAAAAGGAUGCUGGGGCCCUCACUGCCAUGCACAUAUGAAAAAGAGGAAAAAAGAAAGCUGUUAGCCCAGAGCCUUGCAACAGACACGUGUGCAACGUCCCAUCCCGUGCAGCAGAGAGGACAGGUCUGAGGAUCUCCCUGAGGUGCAGCUGCCCCGGGAUCAGUGCUGGUCUCAGCGCAGGCCCCGAAGCAGGACCAUGAGCAGCAUCGCUGCGAUGAGCACGCAGAGGGCGCAAACCGUGGGCACCGUGAUCUCCGAGGCCAGGCGCAUGUGCUUCAGCAGAGGCUCUGCAACGGAAGAGAGCAGCCAGGGAAAGCUGGAGACACGGCCUCAUCCCAGUGGCUAGCUAGUCUCAUUUGCUGCAAAGGGAACCUUGUAAAUGAAAUGUCCUUUAGAAAUUGUGGGCUGGGAGUGAAGCUGUGGUGGCGCCCUUGGCUAUCAGGCACAAGACCUUGGGUUCCAUCCCCAGCACCUCCAACAAAGGAAAAAUGAUACGGGAGUUAGAAAAGGUUUUGGAAAAUGGGUUAUCUGCACUAGGUUCUUGCACAGGUGAUGUAAUAAAGUCUGAACGGGCAUCCGUA